AGCAUAUAUAAAAGAGACAAAAGUGUAACACUGCGAGAGAAGAGCUGCGUUUGUUUUGCUGCCAAAAGUAACAGCUUCUCUGUCUGUCAGUCUGGUUGUCUCUCCAGUGUCUCCAAAAAGUACACAAAGUGCCUUUUUACGAAAGUUGUGAUAUCAUCGCAAAAGCUACAUAUAUACUAAGGUCAUUGCACAUAAACAGCUUGCAGUUUAUUAUUAUAGCAACAAAUAAAUUAGCAACAAAGAGUGCGACAGAGAUAGCUAACAAUUAUCCACAGUUUAUCUAUACUUAGUUAACAAAGAGAUGCAACAAAUUCUGUAGAGAAAAACUUUCAAGUUCAUUUCACAAUGUGUUGCAAGUGCUGUGGGGAAACCCAAAGGAAAAGUUGGGUCUUUGGCAUUGGUUCCGUCUUCACCUUGCUGGGCAUUCUUCUUGUGGUGCUCUGGCCCAAUUUGGCGGAUAAACUGGUGGAAAAUGGCUUGAAAUUGGAACCUGGCACCGACACCUAUGACAGCUGGCUGGAGGCACCGAUUCCCAUUUAUUUAAGUUUCUACAUGUUCAACUGGACCAAUCCGGAGGAGAUACGCAAUCCAAAUGUUAAGCCGCACUUUGAUGAAGUGGGACCCUAUGUGUUUCUGGAGAAGCACAAGAAGGAGAACUUUACAUUCUUCGAUAAUGCAACUGUGGCAUAUUAUGAGCGUCGCACUUGGUUCUUCGAUGAGAAGCGAUCGAAUGGCAAACUAACUGAUAUGAUAACAGCAGCACAUGCAAUUACGGCCACGGUGGCGGAUGAGAUGCGUCAUCAGCCCAAGUUUGUCAAGAAGAUUAUUAACUUUAUGUUGAACCAUGAGGGUGGAACACUGUACACUACAAAACCACUGCACGAAUGGAUCUUUGAUGGCUACCAGGAUGAUCUGACAGACUUUCUCAAUCUGUUUAAUACAUCCAAGAUAGAUAUUCCAUAUACGCGAUUCGGUUGGCUGGCAGAUCGCAAUGGUUCCUUGGAGUAUGAUGGUCUUUUUACCAUACACACGGGCACCGAUGACAUCUCGAAUGUGGGUCGAUUGACGCAUUGGAACAAGAAGAACGAGACGGGUUUCUAUAAGAUGCCCUGCGGCAUUGUUAACGGCACCACUGGAGAUCUGUUUCCACCCCGAAUGAAUACCCAGGAUGAGAUUACCAUCUUUGCCACGGAUGCGUGUCGUUUCAUGAAUCUGCGACCACAGGGCAACUUGGAGGUGCAUGGUUUAACUGCCACACGUUGGGUGGGCACCGAGGAGACUCUUGACUCUGGCGAGAAUUAUCCCAAUCAGCAGUGCUUCUGUGAUCCCCGCCUGGAAGAGUGUCCCAAAACGGGCGUUGUCGAGUGCAAAGCCUGUCGCGACAAGGCUCCCAUUUACUCCUCCUUCCCGCAUUUUUAUCUCGCCGAUAAAUUCUAUUUGAACGCGGUUAGCGGUCUGAACCCGGAUAAAGCCAAGCAUGAAUUCGUCAUGGCUGUGGAGCCCACAAUUGGAGUACCCCUGCAGGUCCACGGACGCAUUCAGAUCAACAUGAUGAUCGAACCCGACGAUGACUAUGACAUUUAUCGCGGUGUGCCAAAGGUUUUAAUGCCCAUGUUCUGGUUCGAUCAAUAUGCUGAGCUGAGUUCCGAACUGGCUUCCACAGCCAAGUUGGCCAUUAAUCUGUCGGAUUAUGGCACCUACUUUGGCAUUGCCUGCAUCGUUUUUGGUGGACUCUUCCUGGUCACGGGCAUCACGUUGACCAUCACCAAGCGCUGGGUGCGUCGUCCUGUCGAGGAUGAGGACAUGCUGACCAAUUAACUGUGGCCAAGAGUUGUGCCAUUUAACUCCUAGACAUCAUAGCCAAAGUGCCA